CACCAUUUCACCCACUAAUUUUACUUCCCCCAACGUUAAAGAAAAAUUAGUACAAACCCAACGGCUCCCAACAGAGGUUAAAUUGUUUUGUUCUUAACCUGCAGUACAUGCAAUAAUAUUCAUUUAAAUUCUCAGCCGUUUGAUCAUCUGACACCCAUCAAGAUCCAUGUACAAAACCCACUCUUUCUCUCUCUUUUUCUUGGAUAUAUAAAUCCAUUAUUCUUGUUCAAACAAUUCUUACUCUCUCUCCUCUACCACUUUCUUGAUUUUGGCUUCUGCUUGCUUUGUGGGGUUUGCUGAAUCAUGUUCAAAUUUGUGGGGUUUAGUGGGUUUAAACCCUUAAUCUUUAUGAUGCUAGUGGUCGUCUUGUUACUUUCUCUUCUUGUGUCUGCUGAUGAAGAUGCGUUCAUAGGGGUGAACAUAGGAACUGAUCUUUCCGACAUGCCACAUCCGACACAAGUAGUAUCCCUACUUAAAUCCCAACAAAUCCGUCACGUCCGUUUAUACGACGCGGAUCGCGGUAUGCUCUUUGCACUCGCCAACACGGGCAUCAAGGUCGCAGUCACCGUCCCGAACGAACAACUCCUCGGUAUCGGUCAAUCAAACUCAACCGCAGCCCAUUGGGUGGCACAAAACAUCGUCGCACAUUACCCCGCCACCAAUAUCACAACCAUCUGCGUCGGUUCCGAGGUCUUCAACUCCCUCCCGAAUGCCGCCCCGGUCCUAGUCAACGCCCUUAAGUUCAUCCAAGGGGCUCUUGUGGCGUCAAAUCUCGACCGUCAGAUCAAAGUAUCAACCCCUAUCGCGUCCACAGUUAUUCUCGACUCGUUCCCGCCAUCACAAGCCUUUUUCAACCACUCAUGGAACCCGGUUUUGGUUCCUGUUUUGAAGUUUCUACAAUCAACGGGUUCGUAUUUCAUGCUUAACGUUUACCCGUAUUACGAUUACAUGAAUUCAAACGGUGUAAUACCGUUGGAUUAUGCGCUGUUUAACCCGUUACCGUCGAAUAAAGAAGCUGUGGAUUCAAACACUCUGUUACAUUACACCAACGUGUUUGAUGCAAUGAUCGAUGCUGCUUAUUUCGCCAUGGCAGACCUAAACGUGACGAAUGUCCCGGUUCUUGUCACCGAGUCGGGUUGGCCAUCAAAAGGUGACGCGAAAGAACCCGACGCCACUUUAGACAACGCAAACACGUACAACAGUAACUUGAUCAAGCACAUUAUAAACCAAACCGGGACCCCAAAACAUCCCGGGAUCCCCGUUAGUACUUACAUUUACGAGCUCUACAACGAGGACACUAAACCCGGGUCAGUAUCAGAGAAGAAUUGGGGAUUGUUUGAUCCAAACGGGAAUCCCAUUUACACGUUACAGCUGACGAAUGCGGGCCGGACUUUUUCUAAUGACACCACGAACAACACUCAUUGUACUGCGAAAGAAGGUGCUGACAAGAAAAUGCUGCAGGCUGCUUUGGAUUGGGCUUGUGGGCCCGGGAAGGUCAACUGUUCGGCGUUGUUGCAGGGUCAACCGUGUUAUGAGCCCGAUAAUGUGGUGGCACACGCCACGUUUGCUUUCGAUAGUUAUUAUCAUAUGAUGGGUAAAGGUGAAGGGACUUGUGACUUUAACGGUGUCGCUAUGUUAACCACGACGGAUCCAAGUCAUGGAUCUUGUCAGUUUAUCGGAAGUGAUGGGAUGAAUGGAACGUUUUUGAACGGGUCGAUUGCGGAUUUUAACUCUACAAGCUCGUCGAGUUGGAGGGCCCGCGGUGGCUAUGCUAGUGGUGGUCUUUUGAUCAAGGUUCUAUUGGCGUUGUUGCUAUCGUGAGUUUGGAAAUAUGGUGGGGAUGGUCCAGGUGGAGGCGGUUUUCCGUUCUCCCAAUUUUGGCGCGUAUUGGAGACUGCUGGACUGGGGAAGAUGGUUUUUGUACAAAACGACUUAGUUAAUGUAAUUUUGUUGUUGUUGAGGGUCUCAGAUUGAAUGAGAUGUAGGGUUAUUUGGUUAAUUGAUCAUUCUUUUUGAUUGCAAUGAAGCCGCUUUAUUGAUUUGAUUGA